AUGGAUGCUAUCCGAGCCAGGAGUGCUGCCCGCCGCUCCAACAGGUUCCAAGCCGGCUCAUCUAAGAACGUCAAUGGAACGGCCGAUGUUGAGUCUACGAACUGGGCAGGCGCCGCUAUCACGACUUCGGGCGUUACCGAGGUCAGCGGCACCUUCACGGUCCCCAGGCCCAGCGUCCCAGCUGGUGGCAGUUCUCGCGAGGAGUACUGUGGUGCUGCUUGGGUUGGAAUUGACGGCUACUCUGAUGCCGACCUCAUCCAGACUGGCGUCCUUUGGUGCGUCGAAGACGGCGAAUACUUGUACGAGGCUUGGUAUGAGUACCUUCCGGCCGCGUUGGUUGAGUACUCUGGCAUCUCUGUGACGGCUGGAUCGGUUGUCACCGUUACUGCCACCAAGACUGGCACUAACAGCGGCGUUACUACCCUGACAAGCGGUGGGAAGACUGUAUCGCACACCUUCUCCCGACAGAACUCACCCCUGCCCGGCACGAGCGCUGAGUGGAUUGUCGAGGACUUUACCUCUGGCAGCUCGUUGGUUCCCUUUGCAGACUUUGGAUCCGUUACCUUUACCGGAGCCACCGCUGUCGUGAACGGAGCAACUGUGACAGCGGGCGGCGACUCUCCCGUCAUUAUCGACCUGGAGGACUCAAGGGGAGACAUUCUCACAUCAACAACGGUCUCUGGCAGCACUGUGACUGUUGAGUAUGAAUAG